AUGGCGAGGGUCCAGGUUAAUCCUCGGGAUGCAUUACCACACCAGGUGUGUGGCCCUUGUGUGGCUAAGUUGGAUGAAGUGGUGGAGUUUAUGGAUAUCAGCCAGGCCACACAAAAUAAACUGAAAAAUCAAUUAAAAGAAUGUUCUUUGGAAAGCAACCAUCGGAUACCUGAAGAUCGUCUUUACGAGCUUAUCCAAGAUGUUAAAGUUGAGCUCGAAGAGACUGAUGCUCAUUUUAUUGAUAAUAUCAGUGAUGAAGAUUUUGAUGCACGUACUAGGAGAGGUCGAAGAAGCCGGGCAAAACAUGUACGUGGGCAUCUUGCAGCUACCAAAGGCCCUUGUGGUACACAGUUAUCAAAAUCAAAAACCACGCUUUUGCUUCAUGAACAAGAUAUAACUGAAGUAAAGAAAGAUAAUGGUGGAGACAGCACAAAUGAUCUUUCUCUGAAGCAUAAAGAGAUACAAGAUGAAAACAAAGCAGUAUGGACUGAGGAAGAACCUGGAGAGAAAGAUAAUGUUUUGUUAGCAAGAGAGAUGGGAAAUGCAGUGAAGAGUGGAGUAAGGUGCUGCAUAUGCAAGGCUACAUUUAGCCAUUUUGAGCAGCUAGCAUCUCACUCUCUUGAUGUCCACCAGCUUCCUGAGCCUCGCUGUAUGUGCCCACAGUGCCCUCGGACAUUUCCUAAAAUUUCUUCGAUGAACAACCAUCAACGUAGAAAACAUCAAAACUCAUUGCAGGGGUGUCCAAAAUGCAAGAAAUUGUAUCCUGCUCAUUAUUUAUGGACAAGACAUAUGCUUGUGCACACCAACACCCGUCCGUUUUCAUGUGAUGAGUGUGAUAAGAAAUUCAAGAGCAAGGCCGAGUUAUUCAUCCAUAAGAAAACUCACAGACCAAGUGAAGAACGAUAUACACACUGUUGUGAAAUUUGUGGAAAGAGAUUUACACAGAAAGCUAAUUUAGAAAGUCACUUGCGGUUACACACUGGUAAUCGUCCAUUCUCUUGUGAAUUUUGUGGCAAAUGUUUCUCUCAAAGAGGCAACAUGGAAGAACACAGAAGAAUACAUACUGGGGAAAAACCAUUUGCAUGUGACGUAUGUGGUGUAAGCUACUCUAGACAAGGUCAGCUAGCCAUGCACAGACGUAAGCACUCAGGAGAAAAGCCUCACAAAUGUCAAUAUUGUAAUAAAGAAUUUCUUCGUAGAGAGGUUCUGAGGAAACAUGAACACAUGCAUACAGAUACAAGACCCUAUAAAUGUUCCUACUGUGAGAAAAGCUUUAGGGACCAAGGAAAGAAAAAAGUUCAUGAGCGACUACACACUGGAGAAAGGCCUUUUGAAUGUCAGUUAUGUGGCCGUGGAUUCUGUGAAUCUGGUAAUUUACGCAAACAUCUCCGGGUUCAUCAGCGCCGUCCCGGAGCUGUGGUCUCAGCAGUGUCUUCAGUAAGGGAGAGAGAUCCUCUGGGAAUUGGAUCAACAGUUGUCUCCAGUGGGCAAAACUAUAAUGUUGCUGUAAUCUCACAUUCCACUUUCCCCACUCCUGAAAUUCCUACUUGUCAUAGUGUAGAUGGGAAUUCUGAGUCUUCCUUAAUGGCUAUAGUAGAGGUGCCCUUACCUGCCACAAUCAGUAGUCGUCAAGCAUCCCAUUCUUUACCAUUCAGUGCACCUACUCUGUCUGAACAAAUAAGCGACUCUUCUGGUACUAGUAAUCAUGCUUCAUUAACUUUGCAGCCUCAUGAAAGUCCUAGUCUGCCCCAGGAAGAGCGAGAAAAGGAAGAUUUUAGAGUUUCCUCUGCUCCAUUUCAUUCUGUUAGUUGGGCUCUUUAUCCUAAUUAAC